UCGAACGUGCAACAGGGCAAUAAAGUAGGAAGGUGGCGAAAAGUGAAAACUCACAAAACGGGGCUCCAAAGCAUUGUUUUCUAAUUAAAGUGGCAAUGCCUCAAUGGGCUUAGCAGCACGUGUUGUGCUCCCUGGAGCGUUAAUCUUCGAUCUGCCAAUGACACCCCACUCGUCAUCUGUGAAAAUUUACAUAAGUGGGAACUGGGAAGUGGCCUGUGGUCGGUCUCCUCCACCCAAUCCGGUUACGCCUGACGGCUUACCCUUUUGCGUAAAAGUCUUGGAUGUAAAAAGCUAUCAGGGGGAUCAACUCGGCGGUUGACCGCAAGAAAAAAGCCGCAGCACUUUUCGGCGAAAGGCCGUUAAAUCGCUCAACCAGAGAGCACCAUAAACUGUCGAAUGGCCAGUAGAAUUUGGUCUACAAAGAUCUCGAAACAUUCACCUCCUCACAGUUCGAUUCUUGACGGCGUGCGGAGUGCGUGUGUGAAGUGGAAAGCCCAGCCGAAGGACCCACAAGGAAAAUCGAAUCCAAAAUGUGGCUGCGACAGGUGUUGGUGCUCGGCAUUUUCGGGCUCAUAACAAUGAAGGUGGCAAGGAGCGCCGCCAGUCGGUUAAAUAGCGCCACUUCCACUUCCGCCGGCAGCCAUGGCCCGCAACUCAAGCUGGAGAUGAAUGCAUGGCAGCCUUUCACGCAGCACAACAAUUGGCUCAUCCUCCAGGCAACAGCGCCCAGCUCCAUGCAGCCGCAGCGAGAAGAGAUCCGGGAAAGGCGAAAGGAGCCGGAACGACUUCCUGUCAAUUUCUACGCCUACAACCAUCGCUAUAACGAGAGCUCCCCGUCGCCAGGCGGAAAUUACAAACCGAUUCCUCCCAGCGAUCCAGCCGGCUACGUUUUGGCCAUCAGCCAGCAGAUGCGACGGGGCCAACUCCUACGCCAGCUGCCAGAAGCGGAGGAAGCCGAGCCGGAAGUUCACGAGGUGGCUGCGACUUUAACCCACCCGGCUAACGGUGAUGGUGAUGAUUAUGAUGAUGCUGUAAACGAAAUCCUUCCUACGACAGCGGGAGCAGGAGAACAGGCGUCCCUCCGGGGAAUCGAAUCCUACUUGGAGCCCUUCGAACGAGUUCUGGUUAAAGUACGCAACUUCUGCGACGCCCUGAAGAGUGUGAUUAGCGACGAGGCAGAUGAGGCCGGUUCAAAUAAAUUGGAUGCCACCACAAGCGAAGCAGCAGCCACCACAACACUGCCAGGUGCAACAUCAAAGGACCUCCUGGUUCAAGGUCGCGCCCAACGCCUGGCCUCGCAAUCGGAGGGCCGCAAGCUCAAGAAGCUGAAGAAGAAGAUCCAGAAGCUGCUGUUCCCCCUGCUGAUUGCCUAUAAACUGAAGUUCCUCACCCUCAUUCCGGUUUUAAUCGGCGGGCUCACGCUGCUCGUGGGCACCACGGGUCUGGCCGGCUUCUUCUUCGCUCUCUUUACAGCCGUAAUGAGCCUAAAGAGCUCCGGAGGUGGCCAUGCUAGCAAGUCGCUCGUCUUGAAGAAACUCUGAUGAGUUCCGAUUUUAAGCACAUUCAGAUUAGACUAAAGUUGGCCACCUGUUCAGUCAGCCAGCAUUGAUUCGUCUGGUGGCUACAAGCGACGCCGAUUUUCAGCGAUAGUGACGGCGCGCCCUUAAAUGUAAUGAAGUAUUUGUAUAUAACAGCAUAGUCUCCCAAGAACGAUAAGCGAAUUUACAAUUAGAUUAUUGUAAAUUUAGACUAGACGAAUUUGUAAUACCCUGGUGGCUAAGAGGGGUUUUUUUCUGCAGACUUUUCCACAAAAUGAUCUUUUUAUUAAACAUAUAUUAAAAUGUUCUUUAUAACGCUUUUCGAAGUAUCUGGAAGCAAAAGUGUGCCUAAUAUGAAUUUAUAAAGGUUCUUGUAAUUUAUUACAAAGUACACUAAAUUGUUUGUAUACCCUUGCAGAGGGUAUUAUAAUUUCA